AAGAGAAGGAGCCAAUCAGAGGGCAGAUAGAAGAUAGCAGUCCUGGCAUGUUCAGAAGCUAUACACGUGCUACCUCACAAGAAAAAAUGACUUCAAGGCCGGGUUCGUUCGUUGAGUAUGGCACAGUCCUCAAAUAGGACUAAAGCCGCCUCGAGGGGGCUUUUCAGCAACUACAGGUAUUUGUGCAAAAAGUCCAUGAUGCUUCACGCCAUGGAGAAUGCAAGAGCACGGAAGAAAUACCAGCAGAAGAUACUAGUCGCCAACGUGAAGAGGAAAACAACAGACAACCACAACGAACAUCUGGAUUCAAACAAACUGGUGAAAAAAGCAAAAUCGAGCAACUCAAGUCAGGAAAGUCAGAACACUCUGAACUGUGAAAACAAGAACACUGCUGUAUCCAAACCAGGACUCUCUGAGCCUAAAGCAUCUGAACACCACAGUUUGGUCACCGCCCUGAGCGACAGCUGGGAGAUGGACAGUGGUUUCUCCUCCGAGGCGAGCCCUCCGGUCAGCGGUCGCAGCUCUCCCUGUCUCAGCACGUGCCCGACCAUGGUGGUGGCGUUGGACUGUGAGAUGGUCGGGACGGGGCCCGGCGGGCGCCGCAGCGAGCUGGCCCGCUGCAGCAUCCUGGACUACCACGGCAACGUGUUGUACGACAAAUACGUCAGACCGUGUCAGCCCGUCACGGACUUCAGGACUCGCUGGAGCGGCAUCCGGAGGCAUCACCUGCACAACGCCGUCCCCUUCGCUGAGGCCAGAGAGGAGAUCCUCAGUAUUCUUGAGGGCAAAGUGGUCGUCGGCCACUCCAUCUACAACGACUUUGAGGUGUUGGACAUGCUCCACCCGGGUCACAUGGUCAGGGACACGUGCACGACGCGCCACCUCAGCCGGUUGGCCGGUUUCCCCCGCGAGCGCUGCUCCUCCCUCAAGAUCUUGGCCGGCAGACUUCUGAACAGGAAGAUACAGGUGGGGCAGCGAGGUCACUGUUCGGUGGAGGACGCUCUGGCCUCCCUCGACCUCUACAAGCUGGUGGAGGGCGAGUGGGAGAGGGAGCUGCAGAACAAAAUGAGGGACGGAGACGCUCCGCGAGAGCCGAGCUUCGCCUCCUCAAACCACUACAUGCAGGACGAGUACUGGCCUGAUGAUGUCAUGGCCGACAGCCAAUGAGAGGAGAGUAUUCAUAACACUUGUAUGGUUGGAAAUACCUCAAGAGAUUUCAUUUCAUGGUGAUGCACAGUCAUCAGAGCAACUUCAGACCAAUAAAUAAUGUGAAUUUAAAAUAUUUUGACAGUAAAUCCACUCUAGAUUAAAAGUUAUGUAAAUUAAUGCAAAAUGGGUCAUUUUUGGAGGGAAUAUAAAAAGUUUAUCUGCAUUUUCUCACGAGAAGAUGUCCUGUAUCACGUUGGGGGAAAUAACUUAUCACUUUUAAACAUGAUUGGAUUUCCUAACAGCACCUUUUUUUUGCUGUGAAACCGGAUAUUUACCUGAACAGUUGUUCGUAGUGACGGACUUUAUUAAAGUAACUUUAUUAAAAAUGUUGGUGCUCUUUAAGCAGGAGGUUAUUAACUUAUGAUAUGAAAAGUUUGGAGUUCUCAAACGGUAUUUGCUCUUACUUGAAACAAUUGUUAUUUUAAUUAGUAGGACACAGAACUGAUCUUGGGCCACAGAUACUAUUUUGGAAAACACAAACUGCAUUUUUCAGUUGAGUGUGUUUUUAAAAAAAAUGCUGCUGUGAGUUUUUCAAAUGUUUUUUCCCCCGACUCUACAAGGCAGAAGGGAAACACAUUUUUAACAACUAGUUUAACCUGUUGCAGCUGCCUCUUUGUAUAUGUGGCCUUAAAGGUUUUAUAUUGUUACAAUUGUGGAUUGUAAUGUUGGUAUUUUAUUACCUCUCAAUGUAAGCUGCUCUUAAAUGUUCUCGUUUAAAAAAAAUAAAGGCAU